ACCGUUGCUUUUUGCCUCUUUAAACUAUUCUGAGAGUAGUUUCUUGGGCUUGUGAAGUGUAAUUUGUGGUAGUUUUUUUGCGUGUGAAUGACGGAUUAGUCUAUAAUAUCAACUCAUUAAAAUGGUGUUAUGGCUUUGAUCCUAUUGCUUUGCUGCCGCUACUCCGGAUUUGUCUAAGUUGGGUGCUGGUUCCUUGUUCUUGACAUUAGAAUAAGGUAAGGAGGUGCUGUGGAAGCAUGAAAGAGAUGAGGAGGGAGAAAUUGUUUAAUGUUUUUUGGGUUAGGAGUAUUAAUCAUACGUUACAGAAGAAUAUUAUCUCAGUGGUGGGAGCAAAGUGCAAAUCUUUGAAGAAUAGAGCUACAACAACUACUUAUGUGACAUCGUUGCUUUUCUUGCUCCUCUUCAUAGUUUCAGCCUUAUCAUUUGCUGGAUGGAUUGACCUUGUAAUCUAUCCGGAAACAAGCUCUCUACCCCUAAAGGCAAAGUACUCAGGUCAUUUCUAUAAAAAAGACUUACCAAUGAGACCUCAAAUUCUCCCAUUGGAUUGUAAAAUAUGGAACAAGACAAAUACAUGUCCAAGAACUUAUUCAACGUCCUAUAAACCCUUAAACCCUAACAACUCAACAUGCCCUGAGUAUUUUAGAUGGAUUUAUGAAGAUUUAACGCACUGGAAAAACACAGGAAUUACUAGAGAAAUGUUGGAAAAAUCGAAGAAAUAUGCCCAUUUCAGAUUAAUAAUAUUGGAUGGGAGAAUUUACGUUGAGCGUUACGCGAAAUACUCUAUUCAAACUAGACAUUUGUUCACUAUGUAUGGGAUUGUACAACUCCUAAGGUUUUACCCUGGGAAAUUGCCUAAUUUGGAGAUCAUGUUUGACACCGAUGACCGGCCGGUUAUCCCGGCUAAGGAUUUCCAGCAAACUGAUUCCGGUCCACCGCCGUUGUUCCGGUACUGUUCAGAUUGGCAGAGUAUGGAUAUUGUUUUUCCCGAUUGGUCAUUUUGGGGCUGGGCAGAGACAAAUAUAAGACCAUGGAGAAGUAUGAUACAGAACAUAAAAGAAGGGAAUAAGAGAACCAGCUGGAAAGAUAGGAUACCCUUUGCGUAUUGGAGGGGAAAUCCUAAUGUUUCUCCAAUCAGAAAAGACCUUAUGAGGUGUAAUGUUACCAUCAAAGAAAAUUGGGAUACUCUCUUAUAUAUCCAGGAUUGGAAAGAUCAAUCCAACAAGGGGUACAAGGAAUCAAAUAUCGAAGACCAAUGCACCCACAGAUUUAAAAUAUAUGUAGAAGGAUGGGCAUGGUCAGUAAGUGAGAAGUACAUAUUUGCAUGCGACUCACCAACAUUAUACAUAACGCCUCACUACUAUGAUUUCUUCAUGAGAGGAAUGAUACCACAGAAACAUUACUGGCCCAUUAGAGACAAUGAUAAGUGCAAAUCUCUCAAAUUUGCUGUUCAAUGGGGAAACAAUCACACGGACAAGGCAGAGGCCAUAGGGAAGGCAGGGAGUGAAUUCAUUCAUGAAGACAUGAAGAUGGAACGUGUUUUUGAUUAUAUAUACCACCUGCUAAAUGAAUAUUCAAAGUUGCAAAAAUUUAAUCCAAUUGUUCCUCCAAAUGCAAUUGAAAUAUGUUCAGAAUCAUUGGCAUGUCCUUCAAAUGGUGUAUGGAGGAAAUUCAUGGAAGAAGCUUUAGAGAAAUCUCCUAGUCAUACUGAUCCAUGCAUCCUUCCACCACCUUAUAAACCUCAAGAACUUAACGCAUUUGUUGAACAAAAAGUUAAGGCAACAAAGCAAGUGGAGGCAUGGGAGAAUGAUUAUUGGUCUAGUCUAAACAAGAAGCACUAGCUAGCUAGGGCCUUUUCUUGAAUUUCCUUUUCUAUUUGUAAGCUAAUGUACAAUGCCUUUUGUGCUCUUCACAUAACAUAUAUGAAUAGGUAAUCUCGACUUUAGUGUUCUUGUUUACAAAUACUCUCUCUUCAAGAAUUUCCCUUUUUCCUCUUUAGGCAUUAGGUAUUCGAAACCUAUUGGUCGGAUAUAGGGGCGGCUCAAGAGAGCCGGUGGCCUAAAGCCGGAGUUUAAAAGGAGGCCUUAUAUUUAUUUAGUAAAAUUUUAAUAUAUUUUAUUUGUUAUUUA